AAUGAUCUUCGAGUAUGAAUUACAACGUAAGAAGGAAUUAGCAAAAAGAAAUAGAACUGAAAGUAGAUCGCUAGAAAGUCAAAAUAGAAAUAAUGCAUCUACAGCAAACACAUCUACAGCAUUGACAUUAUCCGAAAAAAAUUUGUCAAUUAUAUUUAAACAAUUCUGAAUUAAGAAAAUCGCGAUGAAAGAUUUAAACAAUUACGUAGUGAAGAUAGCGAAAGUGGUCUACGUUCAAGAAAACCAGUUCAGGAAGACGAACGACUACAACGUAGACGGAAAGAAUGGUUUAUACAACAGAAACGAGAUCAGGAACAUGAAAAAUUAAAAAAAAAUGAUCUUCGAGUAUGAAUUACAACGUAAGAAGGAAUUAGCAAAAGAAAUAGAACUGAAAGUAGAUCGCUAGAAAGUCAAAACAGAAAUAAUGCAUCUACAGCAAACACAUCUACAGCAUUGACAUUAUCCGAAAAAAAUUUGUCAAUUAUAUUUAAACAAUUCUGAAUUAAGAAAAUCGCGAUGAAAGAUUUAAACAAUUACGUAGUGAAGAUAGCGAAAGUGGUCUACGUUCAAGAAAACCAGUUCAGGAAGACGAACGACUACAACGUAGACGGAAAGAAUGGUUUAUACAACAGAAACGAGAUCAGGAACAUGAAAAAUUAAAAAAAUGAUCUUCGAGUAUGAAUUACAACGUAAGAAGGAAUUAGCAAAAAGAAAUAGAACUGAAAGUAGAUCGCUAGAAAGUCAAAAUAGAAAUAAUGCAUCUACAGCAAACACAUCUACAGCAUUGACAUUAUUCGAAAAAUUAGAAUCUUCAGAUGGUACAUCUUUAUUUAGAGGACCAGAAGGUACUCAAGUUAGUGCAACAGAACUACGAAAAAUUAAGGUAGAUAUUCAUAGAGUUUUGCCAGGAAAACCAACAACAACAACUGAUGAACUUAAACGAGAUAUUAUCAAUCCUGAAGAUGUGAUGCUCAAAAGAAGAACGGGAGAAGGAUCUAAGCCUAUAUUUGAAAGAGAAGAAAUAAAAAAUGUAUUAACAAAAACAAAUGAAAUUACAGAACAUCGUACAGUUUUAGCUGUAAAUAUUGAAAAAUCAGAAUUAUAUUUAAUAAUUUUAGAAAAUGAAACUAAAACAUGUAAAAAAUAUGCUAUUUCGUCAAAUUCUUUAAGAAGUCGAAGUCGUAGUUUUCAACGUACAUCAUCCUGUCAUUCCAGAUAUGAAGAUUCAAGACAUGAAGAUAGAAAUAGUUAUAGAAAUGAUAGGGAAAGAAGUUGCAGUAGAGAUAGAAGUAGAGAGUACAAAAAAAAGGACAGACGAUAUGAUCAAUUGCACAAUGUAGAAGAAAAACAUUUACGAGAAAGAACAAGUCGUAGACGUUAUUCCCGUUCAAGAGAACGAGAGCAAAAGUCAUAUAAAAAUGAAAGAGAAUAUCGAGAAUAUCGUGAAACAUCGAGAGAACGAUCUAGAGAUAGAAGAGAACGAGAAAGAUCUAGAAAACAUAGAAUAAUUCCAUCUCAUUAUAUUGAACAAAUUCCUGUUCCUGUUUAUUAUGGAAAUUUUCCACCAAGACCAAUAAUGGUUAGACCUUGGGUUCCAAUGCGGGGCCAAGUACCAGGAUCUAGGCAUAUUGGUCCAUUAACACCAUUUCCACCACGAUUUAUUCCUCCAGAUAUGUAUAGACUUCGUCCACCUCCAAAUCCUAGAUUUGGACCUAUGUAUUAAUGAAAAAUGUGAAAAUCAUAUGAUAGAAAGUUAUAAUAUGCAAAUAAUGAAUAAUGAACUGAAUAAUAUUGAAUAAUGAAAUAUGAGAUGACAUUUGACAAAAAAUAAGAAUUCUAAAAUCUAUUAUGGUAUAUGUCGAGAUUGGACAACUGGCAUCAUAAGUCAACUAUACACUAUUUCAGAAAAAUUGUAAAAAAAUGUUUCCUUUCAUAUUUCUAAAGAAUUUUGUCUUUAGACUCAAAAAUCUUUCCUCUAUUAAUAGACCACAUAAUAUACUUUUUUAAUUAUUUUACUGUUCACAAUCAUAUUUCAUAUAUUUUAUUUUAUGUAACUAUAUAUAUAAUAAUGGUUAGUAUGUUCAUGCUGAAAGAAUCAAUUAAUUAAGAGUAAAAGAACAAUUUCUCGAAGAAAACAAGGGGAAUUGUUUAAUCAAGAAUCAGAGAACUCACAGAAAGAAAGAAAAAAGUUAGUGGAGUAUGUAUUAAAAAUUGGCUGUAUAUAUUAUUCAUAAUUUAAAAUAAUCAAUGUAUAAAAUAUAGAAACAUUGUAAUUUUUUUAAUUAUUAUGUUAUAAGAAUUUUAAUUUUGAAAACUGUAAAUUCAUUAAUAUAGCAAGAUCACAAAUUAAAAUAUUAAAUUUCAAAUUAUUGUUUUUUUAAUUUUUUGAUAUAAAAUAAUAUAAAAUAAUUUAAUAUAAAAUAAAAUAAUUUUUUAAAUAUAACGUAACAUUUCAUAUUUUAAGGUUCUUACUAGUCAUUUUACUUCAUGUUCUUUCGAUCAUUUAUAUAUUUUUAUAAAUUUUAAUGGUUGAAUUAUUUUAUGAUUUUGCUAUAUUAUAGAACAUACUUUUAAGUAAAAAAUUUAGAGUGAAUCUAUUUUACUUAUUUUUUUAAAUUUGAAUUACUAGCUAUAAUAUAUAUCUAAUUUAUAGAUAUAUAUCAUAUAUAUAAUAUAUAUCUUUUUUAAAUUAUAAUUUCCAAUCAUUAUAUAAUUUCAAAAUUUAUGAUCAUUAAAUGAUUACAAUGAUUAAUGCACUUAUGCUAAUGCACUUUAUGUUUAAUAUAUUUUUAUAUAAAAUUAAAAAUGUUUUACCUAAAUAUUUUUAUAUUAGCUUUUUAUAGUGAUGAAACAGAAAAUAAUCUUUUCAUAUAAAUAUACGUAUAUAUAUUUAAUAAAUUUAAUGUAUUAAAUAUAUUGUAUUUAAAUAAAAGAUUUCUUUAAAA